AUGCUUUUCACUGACAUUUUGCUGCCCGGAGCAGCAUGUUUCACUUUGAUGCUUUUGAUCCACCUAUAUUGGCAGCCUGGAGAUCGAAGGAAUGAAAGGUUUAUGAGUUGUAUGCCUCCUAGAAUGCUACCCUUUCAUUGGUUUGGCAUAAAGGAUUUCUGGUGGCUUUAUCAGGCUGCUAAGGAGAAAAGGUGGAUUGACUACAUUGCAUUCAACCAUGAUCUCCAUGGGCAUACCUUUGGGUUUAGCAUGCUAAAUCAAGAUAUCAUCUGCACCAUUGAACCAGAGAACGUCAAGGCCAUACUAGCCACACAAUUUUCUGAGUUUGGUCUGGGACUCAGGAAAAAACAGUUUCACCCGUUACUUGGAGAAGGAAUCUUCACCAUGGAAGGGGUUUGCUGGGCACAGGUUCGUGCAAGGUUGAGACCUCAAUUCACCGCAACCCAGGUAUGGCUCCACUCCGGCGUCUUCAAUAUGGCAGAUGUCAAUAUGUUCGCUGACCGCGUAACCGAAAUGAUGCGUUCGAUACCACGGGACGGAUCCUGUUUCGACAUCCAAAAGCUGUUUUUUAAAUUGACUCUUAAUUCAGCAGCUGAUUUUCUAUUUGGGGAAUCAAUUGACAUAUCGAACUCCCAGUCUUCGGAAAAAUCGACAUCAACAGACUUUCAAAAAUUUGGGGAGGCAUUUGACUUGGCACAGGACUACCUUGCCGCGCGGAGUAGAGCCCAGGGCUUUUACUGGCUGAUCAACCCUAAGGACUUUCAAGAUGCUAUCCACGUGGUUCAUCAGGUGAUCGAUGAAUAUGUGCAGCGUGCCAUUUUAUGGACAGAUGGAUCUAGCUGCAACAAGAACUUAGGGAAUCGGUAUAAUUUCUUGGACGCCUUGGCUGCAGAUACUCAGGAUCCAAAGGUACUUCGAGAUAAUGUUCUCAAUCUUCUCUUAGCUGGCCGGGAUACAACUGCCAGCCUGCUUAGCUCAACGUUCUAUUUUCUUGCUCGGCAUCCAAACGUAUGGAGGAAGCUCAGAUUGGAGGUUCUAAAGCAAUUUGGCGAUCGCUCAAAACCGAUGAGCGAAAUCACGAGAGAUAAGUUGAAAGACCUAACAUACCUGCGAUACGUCGUCAAUGAAGGUGAAUUUCUACCAGUGCCGUUCCUGUCCAAGCGAGACGUUGCUUAUUGA